AAUAACAAACAAGAGCUUCUUAAAUAUUUGGUAGCUUCAGUAAUUAGUUUCCACGAUCAGAUGUGGUGACUCUCACACGCUUUCUUUUUCGACGCUGAUUUGAAUCGGUGUAGAUAGAAGUUUCAUGGUGAAACGCUGCGUUUUCGAAUAAAAAAAAGAAAAUGAAUGGAAUUGGGAGUGGAAGGUUUAGUAAUAUGGAGAUGGAGUACAUUAGAAGACAUCACCGGCACCAGCCUGGAAACAAUCAGUGUGUUUCUGCUCUUGUUAAGCAUAUUAGAGCACCGCUUCCUCAGGUGUGGUCCUUGGUGAGGAGGUUUGAUCAGCCACAAAAGUACAAACCAUUUGUAAGCAGAUGUGUUGUGAAGGGAAACCUUGAGAUAGGGAGUUUAAGAGAAGUUGAUGUUAAAUCAGGGCUUCCUGCUACUACAAGUACAGAAAGAUUGGAGCUCCUUGAUGACAAUGACCAUGUUCUCAGCAUCAGGAUUAUUGAUGGUGAUCAUAGACUUAGGAACUACUCUUCUGUCAUGUCCCUCCACCCAGAAAUCAUUGAUGGAAGGCCAGGUACAUUGGUAAUUGAAUCUUUCGUGGUGGAUAUACCUGAGGGAAACACCAAGGAUGAGACCUGCUACUUCAUUGAAGCCGUAAUUAAGUGCAAUCUCAAAUCACUUGCCGAUGUCUCAGAAGGGAUUGCUGUUCAAGACCGCACCGAACCGAUUGAUCAGAUGUAGGAGCUUAUAAUAAGAAGUUGCUGCCAUGGAUGAAGCCUCAGCAGCUUUCCUUUUGGAGGUUUAGGAGACGGACUGGCGAUUGAUCUGCUUCGAUUAAUUAUAAAUGAGUGUUUUAUUUUAUAUGCUCUAUCGAUUAUCCUUUGUUAUAUAUUCUGGUUUCUGUCUUAUGUAGUAAAAGAACAACAACAGUAUUGAGAUGUGAUUGGAUCCAGUUCAGUAACAAGUGAUAGAUGAUGUGCUUCUUGGAGAUGUCUAUGGUUAUGUUUUUUCUUGGUAUGUUCUUUAUUGUAUAUAUAGGUGGUGGUUAAACAAUAAACAUGGUCUGUAAAUUUGGUUUGAUUUGUCAGUAAAUUUGAGGUAGCCGAGGUUAAUUCUUGUUACAGUGUU